CCUUGCCGCGCUGCUCCGAAACUCGACGUCCGACCGCUGACGACUACAACUAGUGCUGCACGCGACAGCGCAUUGUAGGCUCGCCUGUACACAGCCGACUUCGACUGCCAAAUUAUAGCAAAUACAAUGAAAUAGAUUCGAGGUUAAAACAAACGCGAAACAUCCAGUGUUAAAGUAUCCCAAGCGGACGCCACAUGUGUGUACAAUCAAUGUAAACUGUCAGUUAAAACAAUCAUUGUCGAAUUUGAUACUUGAUUAAAUUUUGUGCCAUUAACGAGACUUCAUUUUGAAUUAUUAUACCAUUAGUAUGUCAGACGAGGAAGUUAUUAGACGUCGAUUAUUGAUCGAUGGAGAUGGUAUUGGAGAUGAUCGUCGAAUUAAUGCUUUGCUCAAAUCUUUCAUUAAAUGGGUCAAUAAUCCAGAGGUAGAUCAUAAUUUACACGAAAGAAUGUUACCUCAAUUAUCACAAUGUGAAUAUGCUCAGAAAAAGUCUCGGAUAGCUGCUCAAAUGAGCCAGGAUGAAUUGAAGAAUUACGAGGAAUUAGCUGACGAAAUUGAGUUAGAAAUUAAAGAAGCUAAACUCAACAUUGAAAAAACUAAAGCAGAGUUGCAAGAAGCAAAACGAGUGAGAAAGAAUAGAAUAGAAUAUGAUGUUUUAGCUAAAGUGAUAAUGGAGCAGCCAGAUAGGAAAGAAACAGAUCUCAAGCUUGCAAAUUUACAAAAGGAAUUAAGUGUUUUGAAAGAAAAAUCAUAUCAUCUGGAGCAAAAACUUGAAAUGAGAAGAAAGCAAUUUCAUGUUCUUAUAUCUUCUAUACACUCUUUACAAGGAAUGUUGGACGAAUCAGAUGAAGAAAUUAUGGAUGUAAGCUUAGAAGACGUGAAUAUGUCUCCAAAAUCCGAUCCAAAGGCUUAAUUUAAACACAUUUGUAUAUAAAUGCGCAAAUCAGUUUUUAGAAAAUAAGAUAUUUUUUACAAUCUAUAGAAAUAUAUUAAG